ACUGCUUCGGCUUCCCGGCUCCCCCCCCAGACGCAGAGGGCGGCCCGGCUGUGGAUGGUCAGAUAGCUCUCAUCUCCCGCCGCCAAUCCCCGGCCUCAACCAGCACGGAGCAGACGGCGGCAGCGGCAGCAGCAGGCGUGGAGGAAGAUGGCGGGACGGCUGCCGGCCUGUGUGGUGGACUGUGGCACGGGGUACACAAAACUAGGAUAUGCUGGAAAUACAGAACCACAGUUCAUCAUCCCUUCCUGUAUUGCUAUUAAGGAGUCAGCAAAAGUGGGUGACCAAGCUCAGAGGAGGGUGAUGAAAGGCGUUGACGACCUAGACUUCUUCAUUGGUGAUGAAGCAAUAGAAAAACCUACAUAUGCUACAAAGUGGCCGAUCCGCCAUGGUAUAGUUGAAGAUUGGGACUUGAUGGAAAGGUUUAUGGAGCAAGUGAUCUUUAAAUACUUGAGGGCAGAACCUGAAGAUCAUUAUUUUCUUCUGACCGAACCUCCACUGAAUACGCCAGAAAACAGGGAAUAUACUGCUGAAAUAAUGUUUGAGUCAUUCAAUGUUCCAGGCUUGUACAUUGCUGUGCAGGCUGUUCUUGCCUUAGCUGCGUCCUGGACCUCUAGACAAGUAGGAGAACGGACGUUGACUGGUACAGUAAUAGAUAGUGGAGAUGGUGUCACUCAUGUCAUUCCUGUGGCGGAAGGAUAUGUGAUUGGCAGCUGUAUUAAGCACAUUCCAAUCGCAGGACGAGAUAUAACAUAUUUUAUUCAGCAGCUGUUGAGAGACCGAGAAGUAGGAAUCCCUCCAGAACAAUCCCUGGAAACUGCUAAGGCAGUAAAGGAGCGCUAUAGUUAUGUCUGCCCAGAUUUAGUAAAAGAAUUUAACAAGUAUGACACAGAUGGAUCAAAGUGGAUUAAACAAUAUACUGGAAUCAAUGCUAUCUCAAAGAAAGAAUUUUCUAUUGAUGUUGGUUAUGAAAGAUUCUUGGGACCUGAGAUCUUUUUUCAUCCAGAGUUUGCUAAUCCUGACUUCACACAGCCUAUCUCAGAAGUUGUAGAUGAAGUAAUUCAGAAUUGUCCUAUUGAUGUCAGACGUCCUCUCUACAAGAAUAUUGUCCUCUCUGGAGGCUCAACCAUGUUCAGGGAUUUUGGACGUCGCUUGCAGAGAGAUUUGAAAAGAACUGUAGAUGCCAGGCUGAAAUUAAGUGAAGAAUUGAGUGGUGGUAGAUUGAAGCCAAAGCCUAUUGAUGUACAAGUCAUUACACACCACAUGCAGCGGUAUGCAGUUUGGUUUGGAGGAUCAAUGCUGGCUUCCACGCCUGAGUUCUACCAAGUAUGCCACACCAAAAAGGAUUAUGAAGAAAUCGGACCUAGCAUUUGUCGUCACAAUCCAGUGUUUGGGGUCAUGUCGUAAAACUGACUUCAUAGUUAUUGGGGUUAGGGAGGUGGGAAGAGAUAAUCUUUCUGAUUGCCUGUUUUGUCUGGAUGACUGGUUUUGAGGUUUUAAACCUGACUUGAAAUAAUAAGACCAAACAUAAUUAUACAGGAAUAUUUUAAUAAGUGUAUCAUCAUGCGAAUGUAGAGGAAAGCCAAAAUGAUUAAGUGUUUUUCUUUAGAUUGAAUAUUUGAAUCUUAUGUGUCACAAAAAGAAGUGGGUUUUAGUUCUUUGUGUGCCCUGAUAUUUUGUAUAUUAUUGAAUUAUCCAAGAUUUGAUGGGAUUUAUCAGUAUGUAGAUAGCUCUAUAAUGCUUGAAUUGUACACUUCUUAGUGUACAGUGCAAGAGCUUGUUUAUAUUUCAUACUUUUUAUACUUUGAGGAAAAAAAGUCGAAGAAAAACUGUAGUAUCUGAGGAAAAAAAAAGUGACCAAGUAAAGGAUAAAUUAAAAAAAAUAAUAAUAAUAACCUCAUGAGACUCGGCAUACACACUCAAUGGGAUUCCAGUUAUUACCAGUUGCUUCCAUCCCCCUCCGCCGUCCACCCCAGUGGUUUUCGUUGCAAGUGCUUUUGGAACUAAGAAGCUAGUGUCUUGGAUUAAUUGAUGCCUGCUAGUGCUUCUUGAUUACUCACAUUCUGUUUUUUGCUCUGAAAGAAAAGUAAAGAUAAGACUGUUGUUGGACCAGUAUUGCGGUUCCGUAGUGUCAUUUCUUAUAAAAAACAAAACAAAACAAUAAUUUGAUUAUCAAAAUUGGUGUAUUUAAAGUCUAACACCAUUCUAAUAAAGGCACAAAUUUCUUUUUAAUACUUGUUUCAAGCUCUUUAAUCUCUUUAUAAGUUAACUAAUAAAUCUGUUUUCUUCUACCCUCUGUGGUAGUUCUUGAAAAUCACAACAGUUGGUUAGCAAGCUGACUUUUUUAUGUGCUCUAUACAAAUAAUUGUGAAUUUUAAUAUGUUGAGUGCUUUCAUUUUGAUAACUGGAUCUCCAUUUGAUAUUUUCAUUUGUAUAAGUCAUUUGCAGUUUGAAAAUUUUUUUAGUGCCAGUCCCUGACAUAUCAUGGAAAGUUAAUUUUCUUUGCAUUUUAAAAUAUCUGAAUCAUGAAGAAAAAGUGGUGAAAAUAAAUUAAAACUGAAUUACCUUUUCUAAUUUUUUUUUUUUUUGAAGCAAUGUAAUUCUUUUUUGUGUUUGUGUAUUUGAUGAUUUCUAUUCUUGUUGGAACAGUGGUAUCCACUGGAAUCUAUAAUGCGUGGCAGAAGAUUUCUUGUGAGCUUAACAUCUUGCCAGUUAUUUAUAGAAUACUAAAAUGGGAGAUACUAUAUAGGGUUUUUUGUAAACAAUAUUGUGUUUUCGGUGAAGGUUUACACAGCAGUUUAGGUUCCCGUUCAGCAAUUUCUACACAAAUUGUUCAGUGACAUUGAUGACAGUCUUCACAAUGUGUGAACAUUCUCAUUAUUUCCUUUCUGGUUGUUUGUUUUGAUUAAUCUAGUUUCCCUGUCCCCUUAAACGUUCUCAUUGUUGACUGUUUGGUUUUUGUAGGAUUUUUAGAACUGAAACAGUAACAUCAGUGAACACUUGAACUCCGCUAUCCAUGAAAAUAACCAAUAAGAUUAGUAUACCUCUGUCCAAAAGUUAAAGACCAAUUAAAGUACUUUUGUUGUUUUUUACUAUAUAGAACUGGGGAGUAAACUUUAGCUUUCAUUUAGAGUGAAUCUGGAUUUUAAAACUUUAUUAAUCGUUUAUUUGACUCAAUUCUUUGAGUGUGAGAGUAAUGAACAGACUGUGUCUAGUAGUAGUAGUUGUAUCAAAGAUCUCUUUUUUAACUUGAAGAAACAUUAACACAAACAUUGUAAACAAACUAGUACCAAAAAGUAUUUGGUGAAAAGUAGGUUUUUUUGCCCACCCUAGCCUUUCCUCGUCAUUGUUGACUCUUUGGUUUUAUUAGAAAUGUCUUUAUGUGGUCUUAUAAUUUUCUGUGCUUUUAGAAACCUAUGCAGCUCCCUUAUUUUACAUAAAUAGGGGCUUACUGCUGUGUAUACUCUUCUGCACUUUGCUUUUUCAAAGAUCUUUUGAUACAGAACUAAGUUGAUAAGCAUUGAAGAUUUUAUCCUUCGGGCUUCCUCAAGUAUUAUUAGUGUUGUUAUAAAUACUUUUUUUCCACCUAGGAUGGUUGAGUAGUAAAUGAAUAAUCUAGCAAGACAUGUUUACAAAGCUGUUGGUUACAAUCUCAGGCAUAUGUGUAUAAAGAUAUUCUUAACUGGUUAAUAUGAAAAUGUGAAUGCCAAAAACUUAACUUUAAGCUUACACUUACUUGGAGAAAUAAGCCUUGGCCUUUCCUGUGUGGUUCCUGAUACCCUAUCCCUAUUGCUCUACUUUUAGAGAAGUGAGCUAUAAAAUGGUAGAAGCUGCACUCCUGCUUCUUUACAUCUCUCCUGUGAUUAUAUAACAUUUCUUCAACUUACAGCAACUGUGGUUGUAAAUGUGCACUUGGUUGGAGUUUGGCAAAGAUGAAUUCAAAUUUGGACACUGAUUCAAUGUCAGGCAGCAUUAAAAAAAAAAAGCCCAUUUUUGUUAAGUCUAUUCUGACUCAUAGCGACUGUAUAGGACAGAGUAGAACUGCCCCACAGGGCUUCCGAGGAGCGCUUGGUAGAUUCGAACUGCCAAACUUUUUGGUUAGCAGGUGUAGCUCUUAACCACUGCGCCACCAGGGUUUCCAGGCAGCAUAGUACCUUGGAAAAGCACUAAACUGAGGCCAGAGAUUGAAAUUUUUAUUGUGGUUCUACUAGUUGGUGAUAUAGAUCCCUCAACUUUGGUUUUUCCUUCCUUCUUUUUUGGUUGAAACAUGGAAGUAUAUUUGCAUAAUCUUGGAGAAAUUCCUUUACCUCUCUGGGCCUUAAUUCAAUUUAUAUAUAAGAUAGAGGUGUAUACUGGAUUAGCAAUGCUGUUUUUAUGAGUUGUGAGAAUAUAACCCAGCUUUUUCAUUUGUAGUAGUAAAAGUGUUACCAGUCCAUUUUUAAAAGGCAGGGCUUUGAUCAAUUGGGAGAGAUAAAUGGACACAAUUAAAAUAGUUGAUCAUUACCUUACUUGAUGCCUUCUCUUUAGCAAGCAAGCUUUCACAAUGUAACUCUUAAUAAAUGGCAUAUUCUGUAAGUAAUCACGCUCUUCUGAUCUAUCUUCCUUUCUGAUGGGAGAUAAGGUAGUUGCGUGUUCAGGUGCCCAGUACAAUUUUUUGGUUUGUUUUUCAAGCUACUUCAGAUUGAAAUAAUGGAAGAUCUUAACUGUUCUUACAGAUAUUUCUAAAAAUAUCUUUAGGUAAUAUUGUGAAAUAUACGGAAUGAUAGGCUAUCUCAGUCUUUGUUCUGUGUAGUCAUGUGUCGCUCAACAUCCGUGAUACGCUCUGUGAGAUAGAUGUUACAUGAUUUGGAAGCUGUGUGAACACCAUAUUAUUUGCUGGGACAAAUAACGUCCCUCUGCAAGCUACUGUCCAUUUAAUAUCUGGCAGUGCAGUCGCUUUGUGUGUAAGACAUACUGUCUUAACGUGCAGAAAGCUGCUGUGUUCACUACAUCCGGUUAUGCCUGCUACGUCCCGUUCUCCGAUCGAAAUUGCUGAACUCUGUUAUAACCUGCGACCAUGUAUAUGCGGUCAGGCGUUGCCCAAACAGAUGUUACGCAGCACGUGACUGAACUUAUUUAAAAAAAAAGUUUUAGUGACUAUAUCUGUAUUAAUAGAAACUGUCUCUCAGGUAAACCUAAGGAUAUACCAGAGUAUUUAUAACAAUAUUGAAGAAAUUAUUUGCAGUUUAAAAGCUUAUCUAUAUAGUUGUAAAAUGUUGCUGUUCCUCUAAAUACUGGGUUGUAAGUAAUAAAAUCUAGUGUUUUCCUGAUUUUCUUGACUCCUGUAACCCCUACUCCUUGAUCUUUUGUAGUUCGUAAUUACCAUGCGUAUGUAUGUUUUAUAGCUCUGGUGCAGUACCUUCUUUAACUGUUAGUGCCCAGAUUACCAAAUCAAGUUAAUUGGGUACUAAAUAUAUUAACUAGAAUACUUGUAAACUGAAAUACAUGCAGAAUGUAGGAGUGAAACUUCUCCUACUCAGAUAGAAAUCUAACAUUUCAGUGUAAUAGCAUUUAUUAUGUAUAGUUGGCUAAUGACAGAGUUUUUAUCAAGAAGCUAUUGAAAAUUUCACAACACAUCCCGAAAAUAAGUACUUUCUUUUUGUAUUAGGUCCUUACCACAUCUGAGUUGACCUUUAGCAAGAAUUUAUAGAUCUCUUAGAGACUCCGAGAAGAUUUUUAGACUUCAGUGAACAAGGAGUUCUGCUACUCAUGGUUGAUAACUCCUCAAUACUGGAUAGAUGCUUAACCCUCUUCUGCAUAAUUUGUUUUCCAGUAUACCAGACCCUGUAUUAUAACCCGUCUUGAUAACCUAAACCAAGGAGCCUGGGUGGCGCAAGUGGUUUACAAUCAGUUCUAACCCACUCAGCAGCUCUUUGGAAGAAAGGUGUGCUGAUUCGCUUUCAUAAAGAUUAUGGCCAAGAGAGAACCCUGUGGAGCAGUUCUACUCUGAAACGCACGGAAUCGCCAUGAGUCACAAUCAACUCGAUGGCAACAAUUUUGGUCUUUUUAAAAUUUUAACAAAAAUAAAAUCUGUGGUUGUCUUUGGUAUUCUCAAUGCCAUGGUCUAGUUCAGCUGAUGCAUUUGGAACUUGGGAGCUGAAAUUAAAUUUAUUUGAGUUAAGGAUUGUAUCAAUGUUCCAGUGGUCACAGGAGCAAUAAAAGAACAAAGAUAAAAAUGAAUGGUUUAGAAAAAGUGGCAAUUAAAAAAAAAAAAACCUGAAAGAGGAAGAGUAGUAUUCUGUUUGAGUCAUCAAA